UUGCAACGAGUGAUCAAAUCAAAACAAAAGGUUUGUCGGUUUUGUCUUCGAUUUGCAUUUCGUUCGUUUUUCCUAAAGCAAGAAGAAAAGCAAAGUGUUUUGAUUGGGUAGGGUUUUAUUAUUGUUCAUCUUCCCAAAAUGGAAACAGAGAAGUGUACGACCAAGGAAAGCUAUCAUCACACUAAUACUAAAGCCGACAAAAAACCAGAAAACAUGCAUCAUGAAAAAGGAACAGAAGACAACGAGGAUUCUGAAUCUGUUGAAGAACAGCCAUUAGACAUUGGUGAACAUUAUCUUGUCAAGAGAGCGGAUUCAUGGCAUCCAGCUGAAAUCAUUCAGACAAGGUACAAUGAGCAGGAUACUUGUUAUGAAUACUACGUGCAUUAUGAAGGAUUCAAUAGACGGCUGGAUGAAUGGGUACCAAGAAACAGGAUCAUGAACUCAAGGUUUGAUAUGUCAGAUCAGCAAUGGAAAAAUAGUGAUCGUAAUUCAAUAGAUCUCCUCGAUCAGUCAGAUAGAAAAAUAACAAGAAACCAGAAGAGACGGCAUGAUGAAAUCAACCACAUACAAAAGACGUAUGCGGAAAUGGAUCCGACGACAGCUGCGUUAGAAAAAGAGCACGAAGCGAUCACCAAGGUAAAAUACAUUGACAAAAUCCAAAUCGGAAAAUUCGAAAUUGACACGUGGUAUUACAGUCCCUACCCAGACGAAUACAAGAAACAGCCGAAGCUUUGGAUAUGUGAAUUCUGCCUACGAUACAUGCGAUUAGAGAAAACCUACAGGUAUCACAUGAGCGAGUGUGCUUGGCGCCAGCCGCCGGGCAAGGAGAUCUACCGCAAAGGCACGCUGACCAUCUGGGAGGCGGACGGCAGUCAGUACAAGCUCUACUGCCAGAACCUCUGUCUGCUGGCCAAGCUCUUUCUCGACCACAAGACGCUCUACUUCGACGUUGAACCAUUCCUCUUUUACAUUCUCUGCGAAACAGACAAGUACGGAUCGCAUCUGGUCGGAUAUUUUUCCAAAGAAAAAGAGUCGCCGGACGGCAACAACGUGGCGUGUAUCCUGACACUGCCUCCCUAUCAGCGCCAGGGCUACGGCAAGCUGCUGAUUGCGUUCAGCUACGAGCUCAGCAAGAUAGAGCGUGCGGUUGGCAGCCCUGAGAAGCCACUCUCCGACCUGGGCAAGCUCAGCUACCGCUCUUAUUGGUCGUGGGUGCUGCUAGACGUGCUCAGGGACACUAGGGGGACGCUCUCCAUCAAAGAUCUCAGCAACCGGACGAGCAUAGCGCAGACGGACAUAAUCUCGACACUGCAGUCGAUGAACAUGGUGAAGUACUGGAAGGGCCAGAACGUGAUCUGCGUGACACCACGCCUCGUCGAGGAGCACAUCCGGUCGGCACAGUACAAGAAGCCCCGCCUCACCGUCGACUGCAACGCCCUCCAGUGGAGUCCGCCCAAGAAGGCGCUGCCUGUCCGGCCGCAACGCAAAUAGAUCUAUUGAAGAGAAGAAAUGUUCGGUCGAUGAAAACUUUUAUAUGACGAAUAGUUGGGAAAAAUUCUGUGAAUUUAUUAUACCGCUUUUCUAAAAUAAAAACCAAGUUCUAGAAUGAUGUAGAGUUUUGUUGAUGUUUAUAAAUAUUUGUGAUACAUAAAAGAUCAAGUGAUAUUCUGAAAGUGUAAAUUGUAAAAAGGACUGAUGUGUGGUUCACUGUGAUCCAAACGGCGAUAACACUUUUGCCAAUUUGUAAUCUUGAUUUUAGUUGAAAAUACCAUAAAUUUGAAAAGUUGCAAGAAACUGAAUUGAGUAUUUUUAAUAAUUAAGCUUUGAAACAUUAUGUUUAGCUCUGUGCAAUGUACAUUGCAAUCAAUUUGAGACAUCCGUCUUCUAAUGUCGGUCUAAUUAAAGGAUUUUAUAAUUUCAUUUGAAGCAUUUAAUAUGUUACAAAAAAACCGUUAAAUCUUCAAGCUAUAAGAAACUGUGACAUACAUAAUUAUGACACUAGAAAUAAGAGUAAAUUUUCUGCACAAUACCACAGGACAGCUCAGUAUGAAAAUUAGCCUUCUUAUAUGGGUAUGAAAUUUAUGAGUAAACUGCCGUCAGCUUUGAGAGAAAAUGAGAAUACGGAUAUUUUCAAAAAGCUAUUGAGAAAAUAUUUAGCAAACGGGGUUUACUACAGUAUUCAAGAAUUUAUGGAUGGAGAAUGAGGCUUUUGGGAGGAUUAAAUUUAUUUAUUUAUUUACAAUGCAAAUAACACUAAUGUAAUAACAUUGGAGGAUAAAAUAAUAAGGUAGUCCUUGUGCUAUUUUUCUUCCAAAUUUAUAGGUGACAAAGUCCGAACGAAAUAAGGUUAGAAUUUCACGUGUACAAUUUUGAUAAAAUCUUGGUCCAAAAUAAUCAUUAAAACUAUAAAUUUUGAAUUUGGAUGGCUUAGAUUGAUAAAUUAAUUAGAAAUAUUCCACUCAAUUACCACUUUUAAUGAAUAAUAUUGAGUUAUUUCAGAAAUUUUGAACUAUUCAAGAAACACAAACUCGUAAACACUGAAAAUUGCAAUGUACAUUUUCCUUUUUCAGGAAAAAAGUUUUUUUCCUUUGUUUAUCAACAAAUUGUGUACGUUUUCCUAUCUCGAUCUACUGUGAAUAAAAUGACUGUUCACUUGGAUUUUUUUAGUGAUGAUAAAGUUUUUUAUAAAAUUUAUAUUGUUUCAUCAAUGUGUGUUUUCCUAUAAAUCUGUCAUUAUUAUAGGUAUAAUUUUAAUCCUGCUGAAUAAAUCGCUUUUAUAAGCAUCAACAUAAUUUAAUAUGUUACAUCAUUAGUGAUAUGUGCUUAAGCACUGAGACGUUUUCUAACAUGAUUACUUUUAUCAGUUGUUUUUCACUAAAUAUCUAGAAACUUGCAAACGCUGGCUUGUUCAAUUGAUUCUGUGCUUUAUUUCUCUUUGCUCUGUUCUUGUCAGUACCAUGGAGUCUUUCUAUUCCUUUCUCUCUACUCUCCUUGUCUUUCAGAUAAUACCGUUUUGCUUACGUCAUUUCUACAUUUUGUUGAAUCCUUUUUCUUUUGGUCUGAACACUUUUGCUCAAGCAUUUAUUGGAGAAGGAUCGUUUAAUUAGCCCUUGAAUUUUUGUCCUUUUAUUUAGUUUCUGCUAAAAUUUGGUUCUGCUAAAGAUGUCGCUCAGAGCAAAGAUUUUCUAACAUCACAAGUUGUGAUAUCUAUUUUUAUUUAUUUCUAUUUUUAGUUUUUCCAUGUGGAUGAUUUUUUUUUUGUAAAUUGAUUUAAAGCAAAGUAAUCAUGGUGGAAAAUUCAGUCAUCAUAAUUUAAUUUCAGUUGUUGAGUAUCUGAAUUUCUUUUUAAGUUUUUCUGGAAAUUUAUAA